AUGUUCGAUAAGAUCUUCAAAAAGCGUCCACAGGACUUCCAUGCAGACUCCGAGGCUCCCGGAGGAUCGAUUUCCACAAAUGAACACGAGAAAGGCCCCGGAAAUGAGGUUGACACGCCUAUUCCGCUCCUCACUUGGCGGUCAUUUAUUAUGGGCAUUCUCGUCUCUAUGGGUGGUUUCCUUUUCGGUUAUGACACCGGUCAGAUCUCUGGCUUCCUAGAGAUGGAAAAUUUCCUCGAGCGCUAUGGUAUUCUUCAAUCAAAUGGAACUUAUCAUUUCACUAAUGUUCGUUCGGGUCUCAUUGUUGCCUUGCUGUCGAUUGGGACUCUGAUAGGGGCUUUAAUCGCAGCGCCAAUCGCCGACCGCUUCGGACGAAAGUGGUGUAUCAGUUGGUGGUCUUUGAUGGUGUGUAUUGGAAUUACUAUCCAGAUUUCAUCGCCUUUUGGCAAGUGGUACCAGGUCGCCAUGGGUCGUUGGGUUGCCGGGCUCGGGGUUGGUGCAAUUUCUCUACUGGUACCGAUGUAUCAAGCAGAAUCAGGACCGAGGCAUAUUCGAGGAUCGCUGAUUAGUACCUAUCAGCUAUUCAUCACACUUGGAAUCUUCGUUGCCAACUGUAUCAAUUUUGGAACGGAAGCUCGCCCCAAUACCGGUUCAUGGCGUAUCCCUAUGGGUAUUACAUACGUUUGGGCCGCAAUUCUUGGUGUUGGCAUGAUGUUCUUCCCUGAAAGCCCACGCUACGACUACCGCCACGGCAACGUGGACAAAGCUAUGAACACUCUGGCCAAAAUUUAUGGUAUCCCUCGGAAUCAUCGCGCUCUCCACAUCGAGUUUGAGGAAAUUAGACAGAAACACGAGGAAGAGCAGCGCAACGGGAAGGUUACCUGGGUGCAGAUGUUCCGUGCUCCGACGAUGUCAUCCCGGAUCGCUGUUGGCGUCGCUUUACAAGCUCUGCAACAACUUACUGGUGCUAAUUACUUCUUCUAUUAUGGUACAACAAUCUUCAAGGGCGCUGGAAUCCAUAACAGUUAUGUCACGCAGAUGAUUCUAGGUGGCGUCAACUUUGGAACAACGUUCCUGGGCCUCUAUCUGAUCGAGCACUGGGGCCGACGCCGUUCUCUCAUAACCGGUGCACUAUGGAUGUUUGUCUGCUUCAUGAUCUUUGCCUCGGUGGGCCAUUUCUCGCUAGAUCGAGAGUACCCUGAGAGAACAAAAUCUGCCGGCGUGGCUAUGGUAGUCUUUGCUUGCCUUUUUAUUUUGGGCUUUGCAAGUACCUGGGGUCCCAUGGUGUGGACCAUCAUCGCCGAGUUGUAUCCUUCGCAAUACCGUGCGCAAGCUAUGUCUCUAGCGACUGCAUCAAACUGGCUCUGGAACUUCCUCCUUGCCUUUUUCACUCCCUUCAUUACCGGCGCCAUUGACUUCCGCUUCGGGUAUGUCUUUGCCGGAUGUCUUUUCCUUGCUGCCGGUCUGGUUUACUUCGCCGUCAUGGAGGGACAGGGUCGUACUCUGGAGGAGAUUGACACUAUGUACCGGAUGGGAGUGAAGCCGUGGAAAAGCUCAAAGUUCCAAUUCCCUGCUGAUCCAAGCGUUAUCCGGGGCUCAUUUGAUAAGGAUGCUCCUACAUCAUCUCAUGUUGCUGAUCCUACUAUGGAGUUACGGGAAGAUGGAUCCUUGGUGCCUGAGACUCGUGCGCAAGCAUAA